UCCUAUUGGUUGACACACGCGGAAGUGAACACUAGCUAACAACAACUCUUCUGGACGCGGAUGUCUUCUGGACUCUCGCGGAGAAGACAUGGCGUUACCGGUCCAGCUCAGAGCCAUCCAGCACUACCUGCGGACCGCUCAGGAACACGAGAAACGGGACCCGGUCGUGGCUUACUACUGUCGGCUCUACGCCAUGCAGACCGGCAUGAAGCUGGACAGCAAGACGCCCGAGUGCAGGAAGUUCUUGGUGAAGCUCAUGGACCAGCUGGAGACGAUGAAGAAGGAGCUGGGUGAGAACGACUCCAUCAGUCAGGAGGUGGUGGGUAACGCCCACGUCGAAAACUAUGCCUUAAAGAUGUUCCUCUACGCCGACAACGAGGACCGGCAGGGACGCUUCCACAAGAACAUGAUCAAGUCCUUCUACUCUGCCAGUCUGCUGCUGGACGUCCUGUCUGUGUUCGGGGAAUUGUCGGAGGAGAACAUCCAGCACAGGAAGUACGCCCGCUGGAAGGCCACCUACAUCCACAACUGUCUGAAGAACGGGGAGACGCCUCAGGCCGGACCCAUCGGCAUGGAGGAGGACGGGGAAGAAGACUACGGAGCUGAAGGCUUCUCCCACGGGGCGUCCUUUAGGGGAGGGCCGCCUGCAGGCUCCUUCGAGGAACACGACCCGAGUCUGGGUCCAGGUGCCGGACCGGGGAUCGGCUUUGGUCCCGGAUCGGGUCCGCCUGGUCCCCCAAACACCAACUUCAAUAACAUCCACAUCCCACCGGGGGCCCACGCACCGGCCAACACUCCCGCCGAGCUGCCCCCCCCUGCAGAAGCGGUGAAACCAGUGCCUGUUCCCCGGUCGGUGCUUCUGGUGUCCCCCCCCCCUCAGCAGCAGGGCGGCGUUCACCUCACCGCGGAGGACUUCACGAAGGCCCAGAAGUACUGCAAGUACGCAGGCAGCUCGCUGCAGUACGAGGACGUGGACACGGCCGUCGAGAACCUCCAGAAGGCCCUGAAGCUCCUCACCACCGGGAGAGAAUGAGGCCUCUGUGCUCGGUCUGACACACACACAGGGAGAGAGACACGCACACGCACACACACACACACACACACACACACAGGGAGAAAGAGACACGCACUAAGAGACAUACACAUAGAGACGCAGGGAGCGUUGGUGGAGAACCUGAUGGAGAUCAGCGUGUAACAAUGGCCGCCUGUGUCUGGACCGACUGCUUAUUAAUUAUUAGAAGGCAGAGAUCAAAGCUGUUGGCGACGUGUUUCAGACGCUUCUCUUCUGUCACACACUUUAACUUUUGUUAAAAUAAUCUUCUUUUCAUUGAAAUUUCUCCUUUCUGGCUUUUCCAAAAUGAAAAUAAAACCAGGCUGUGGAAGUCUUUCUGUGGUCGAGUUUCACCGUCGGCACGUGACGCGAUGCAUGAAACCCAUUAGCCAGCUGGCUCGUUAGCUUAGCAUAAAGACAGGAAGUAAAGGGAACUCAGCUACCUGUUGUUGUUUUUUCUCCUCCUGAUCAAUUUGUGUUGGAGAGCAGAGACUCGAUGUGAAUCUAGCUCCCCCCCACUGCCCCAGACUUUAUGCUAAGCUAGGCUAAUUACGGUUCCACAGCCUUCCCUUUGAAGUGUUAUCAAAGGUUUCCCUUCCUCUUGGGACCGGUAAUAUUUCGGAGGUGUUUUGUUCUAAUGUCGCGUAACAAAAGUAAAAUAAAAAACUGACUCUUGACCUCUUGACCUCCCGUCAUCGUUACCACGGCGUCUCCUUUUCCUCCGGUAACCAUAGAAACGGGAGGAACGUGUGAGAGAAUGCCGUAUCACUGUAAAGGGGGCACGUGGUUAGCCAACAUGCUACUUGAUGGGCUAACGAUGAGAAACGUUUUAUUAUCUUUAUUGUGAUUCUACUUUAAUUUAACUUUAACGUUUUUCUUUUUCACAAAAUCUCACCUUUUGUUUACAAGCUCAGACGCCAUUUCCCUCAAAUACGUUUUAAUUUCAUCACUUUUUCUGUAAAUGUUGAUUAUAUCUGGGCGGCCAUCUUUUUCUCUGGUUUAUUGUUAUUUAACGUUGAAGUUCCUUCAUUAACAUUUGAUCUGAUGGACUCAGUUUGAAUAAAAUAUUGGAGAUGACACUC